UGUACGGAUAUCUCCGGAUCCCCAACGAUGUACGUUGACAUGAUCAGAAGUCCACUGCUGAAGCUCUACGAUGUGUCUUCUCUCAAAAGUGUCAUGUGCGGUGGAAACGUUGUCACACCUUCAAUACGAAAACUGAUCCGACAGAGCCUCAAUACAUCAGUGGGGGUAGGAUACGGCGCAACGGAGCUAACCAUGGCUGCUAUAGCUUUGUUCGACGACGACCCGGAAGAUAAGAAAAUGCACACAGUUGGCCAGCCAUUGCCCUGCCUUGAGGUAAAGAUCGCCGACCCAGCAACAGGCCUCGAGCAGCCUAUAGGCAUGCCUGGAGAAGUUUGGUGUCGAGGCCAUAACGUCUUCCUUGGCUACUACAAUGACGAGCGGAAGACGAGGGAAUGCAUCACGCGAGCUGGCUGGUACAAGACUGGUGACGUAGGCGUAAUGGAUGAAGACGGCUACGUGACUAUCGUCAGCCGUAUCAAGGACAUCGUAAUCCGGGGUGGAGAAAAUAUCUUUCCGGCCGAGGUAGAUGAAGUGCUCAACACCCAUCCCGCCGUCCACGAGAGUCUGGUGAUUGGUGUACCAGACGAGCGGAUGGGGGAGGAACUCUGUGUGUGGAUAGUACUCAAGGUGAAUGCAGAAGUGACAGAAGAGGAGUUGAGACAUCACUGCGAAGGAAAGCUUACUCGUUUCAAGAUUCCACGGUACUUCAUCUACGACCCCAAAGUGCCGAGGACGGCAGUCGGGAAGGCGCAAAAGGCCAAGAUGCGCCCAUUGGCCGCACAAUUCCUUGGGCUUGCAAAAUAA